CCUCAACUCACCCGCCGAAGAAACCCAGCAAGAACUAAUCCUCCAAUCCUUCAACCCUCCCACCCCAACAAGCACACACCACCUAGCAAUCCCAAUGCGCCUCCCCCGACACCUCCCGACCUCACUCCUACGACCAGCCAUCCCAACAGCUCGUCCCCUCCCCCCGCAAUGCCACCUCCUCACCCAUAACCCGAUUAUCCGGCCGGCGCUGGCCAGCCUCUCCCCGCCGCCCCAACAACCCCCAACAAUCCGCGCCUUCAGCACCACCUCCCCCAAACCCACCGCCUCCCCCUUCCGCCUAACCAGCACUCCAAACCCUAAGAACCCUCCUCCGACCGCGACCGACGCAUCCCCCGCCGCACCCGAACCCAACCACGAUGACCCCAACGCAAACGCCUACGCCAGCCCCUACAAGCCCAAGCGCCAAUGGCCCCCGGACAUGUCGAAGCUCUCGCCGAAGCACCAGUUCCGGCUCGAGCGCAAGUACCGGCGGCGCGCGGCGCUGAAGUACGCCCGGCCCAAGUGGACCAAGUUCACGAAGUUGGUGCAGUGGUUCAGUAUUGGGUUUGUUCUCGUUUAUGCCAUGUUGUUUAUGGAGUGGGAUGAGAAGGGGAGUCCGUUUGAUGAGAUUCGGAAGGCGGUCUUUGGAGGGUUGAAGGAGGCGUUUUCCACACCUGCGCCGCCAAGGCCCGUGAGGGAGGCCGCCGCCGAGAAAGAUCGAGAGUAGGUGGUUCUACCAGUUAUGGCUACUAUGCGUCGGUUGGUAUACAUAGAGCAAGGAUAGAACAGACUCCAAGAUGGAUGGAGAACAAGGCCUAGGACCCGCAUACUGUAUAUUACCUUGUCCAUGUACAAGAAAGAUAGAAUAAUGACAUCCAAG